AUGCAUUCGCACAAAAGGGCCCAUUAUGAAGAAGUUAUCAGACAAUGGCAGAAAAUUGACAAGGAGGUCGCCAGUUUACCGGAGUAUGCCGAUACCGAGGAUUUUGGAGUCGUCGUGCAGACUUUUCCCGAAAAACUGGUGUUCCCUUUGAGCGAUGAUGGUAAAAGUACUGAUUUUACGCUGCUCAGCGCUGAUUGCUUCCACUUUAGCCAGAAGGGAUACUCUAGGGCAACAAAUGCUCUAUGGAACAAUAUGUUUGAACCGGUUGGAAACAAAUCGAUGACUUGGAAAAAACAAUUUGAACAUUUCAACUGUCCAACUUUAAAUAAUCCUUAUAUUUGCACAAAUAAAAAUUGUGGACGACAAGGGUACGAUGAAAAGGAAAACGAGACGGAUACAUAA